AUGGAGCCGAACAGGGUUUUGAAUAAGUGUAAGACUCCCCUUUCCCUUUCCCACAACUCCUCAGAAGUUCCCCUUUCAAGAUGGCUGCAAUGGGCUGUUGAUGUGGCUCCAAGAUGGCCAAAUCCAAACUCUCAUCCCAGCGGAUUUUGGAUUUGGUUUGUGCUGUUCCUAAAUACAAAGAGGUUUGGCUGAAAACUGUUUUUCGAAAGAGUAAUCCUGUCAUCUAGAUAUAGCCACAGCUUUAAAAAAAUGAAUAUUCUGCUACGGUUUUCAUUGUUUUACAGCGCGGCAGAGUUGACGCUGCUGUUCUAGACUUUCAGUUAUGACAUAUGUUCUCCUUGUUGUUACAGUUUCUGCUUUGUGGAGCGUGUGGAAUACUGUGUGCCAAAAAAAAAUCAGGACUUGUCGUAAGUUUUUGCAUGACUUGUAUUAUGUAUCAAUAGAUGAAAUGCAAACUGUCAUGUGCCUUGAAUUAUUUGCUGCUGCAAGACGCCAUGCUCCAGCUCCAAAAGGACAGUGGAAAGUGCCCUUGGGAAAGGUAGGUACUUUCCUACUCUGGGCCAGAGGCGAGCGACUGGCAAGAUUCAGUUUAAUUCUGUGCUGCCCUUGGCCUAAUCCCAUAGGAGAGGGAAGCCCUGAGGGCGAGAAGGAGUGUAAGAGGAGGAAAAAUGGGUGAAAGAAUGGAAGGAGGAGGUGGGAAAGCUCUUUGAAAGCUGUCAGUUCAGAUCUCUGGCAAGAAUGAGGUUAUCCAGUGCUAUUUUUCUAGAAAAAGAGGUGCCAUAACUUGCCUCGUUCCCUUGUUAAUAAUAAUAAUAAUAAUAAUAAUAAUAAUAAUUUUUAUUUAUUUCCCACCCUCCCUGGCCAAAGCCAGGCUCAGAGUGGCUAACAACAGUAAAAAUAGCAUAAUUUACAUAAAAUCACGGUCAAUUAAUUAAAAUACAUAUGAAAAUCAAUUCAGAAUCAAAUUAAUGGCAACCAUUGGGCUAGAGUUCUAUGAGGAUUACAGAAGGAGAGAGGAGAUCAGACUGUGCCUUGGCCAAAGGCCUGGUGGAACAGCUCCAUCUCAGAAAGAUGUCAAGUCCCGCAGGGCCCUAGUCUCUUGUGACAGAGCGUUCCACCAGAUCGGGGCUACAGCCGAAAAAGCCCUGGCUCUGGUUGAGGCCAGCCUAAUCUCCCUGUGGCCUGGGCUCUCCAAGAUGUUUUUAUUUGAAGACCUUAAGAUCCUCUGUGGGACAUACCAGGAGAGGCGGUCCAGUAGGUACGAGGGUCCUAGGCCGUAUAGGGCUUUAAAGGUUAAAACCAUCACCUUAAACCGGAUCCUAUACUCCACCCGGAACCAGUGCAGCUGGUAUAGCACCGGGUGAAUGUGAUCCCAUGGCGAGGACCCCGUAAGGAGUCUCGCCACAGCAUUCUGCACCCGCUGGAGUUUCCGGGUCAGUCUCAAGGGCAGCCCCAUGUAGAGUGAGUUACAAUGGCAAUGUAAUCCCUUAUAAUGGCAAUGGCACCCACCUGAGAGGUGCUGGAAUUGAGUUCCAGCAAGUUCCAGCUGAAAAAAAAGUUAUCUAAUAUUAUGAUUUAUAAUGGCAAAGAGCCCACUGAUGCAAAACAAAGGACCAUCUUACCUAGGCACCUCUUUAGCUUGGCUUUUGAUAUCUGAGGUGUACACUUUUAGGACCCCUGUUGAAAAUAAGCUUGAAAGAAGCAUUCUGUGGUAGCCAAUAUGUCCAAUCUGCCUGGUUGUGGCGUACGUGGUGCCCACAAUGGUUUGUAUGGUUUGCAGAUAUGCCCACAGGCCCCUAAAGAAUGGCAACCCCUGUUACACAUACUGAGAAAAUGUACACACAGGUGUCAAAAGUUCUGUAGAACUCAUAGCUACUUCUUACACCUUUCAUAUAUGUGUUCAUCGACAUGCUGGGUGUAACUGGGGUCGAAAACUGUAUUUCCAUGAAAGCUCAUCUCCUCCCACAUGUGCCUACCUGAUUUUCUUCAGAUGUCCUUCUAUGGCUAUGAGUGCCCCACCACAUGAAGUGCAGCAGGUGGCUAUCAAGCAAAGGGCCUUUACGGUAGUGGCACCUCAGCUGUGGAGCAGCCUAGAGAGGCUCACCGGGAGGCUGGUGAAGAGUUGUUGUAUUUAAUUCACCUAGGCUUUUAAAAUUUAUGUUUUGAAUCUGGGCUGUACAUCAUUUUAUGCUGUCUCUGGGCAAGGAAGAUUUUUCUUAUUCUUUUUGGCCGUCUUUUAUCAUUUAUGGUUGGUUUUCGGAAAAUCUAUCUUCUAGAUUCUUCGAAUUGUAGAGUUGGAAUGGGCCCACAGGGUCAUCUGGUCAAACCCCCUGUGAUGCAGGCAUCACAGUUGAAGAAUCCCCAUUGCAUAUACAGUGGUACCUCGGGUUAAGAACUUAAUUUGUUCUGGAGGUCCGUUCUUAACCUGAAACCGUUCUUAACCUGAGGUACCACUUUAGCUAAUGGGGCCUCCCGCUGCACCGCCACUGCACGAUUUCUGUUCUCAUCCUGAAGCAAAGUUCUUAACCUGAGGUACUAUUUCUGAGUUAGCGAAGUCUGUAUCCUGAAGCAUCUGUAACCUGAAGUGUCUGUAACCCGAGGUACCACUGUAACGUAUUGGCCCUAAUAUAAGCCACACUUUCCUCCCAAAUUCUGACCCUGUAGCUUAUAUUUGUGACCUUACGGUAUGCAGCUAGGAGUGUGGGGCAACCUCCCCCCCCCCCCGAGAGUGAGGAAGGGGAAAGUCCACCGGCAAUGCAGCAACCCCCCCCCCCAGUAUGUAGCCAGGAGCAGCAAGGAAGGGAGUGACUUAUAUUCAGGUAUUUUUCUUUUCUUUUCUCCUCCCUCCCUCCAAUUUUAAAGCUGCGGCUUAUAUUCAUGUGCGGCUUAUGUUCGGGCCAAUACAGUAUUGCUUACAAAAUACUUUGUCAUCACCUUCCCAGGGGAGUUUUAUUUAUUUAUUUAAAUAUUUUGGGCCGUGCGGCUAUAUAUCCGUCAGUCCGUCACUCUGCUUUUUAGCGCCCCCCCCCGAACCGCAAUUGCCUUCUCUGGCCGAGAAGUCCAUGGUAACGUGAUCUUUCUUGUCUCCUCCUAGAUGAUACUUUUCUCAGCCUGCUGUAUCUGUGGACUAAUUGGAGGAAUAUUAAAUUUUCAGUUCCUUCGGGCUCUGACAAAGAAAUCCUCAGCUCUCUAUCCUCUGCAUGUCACCUCCAUGUCCCUGGCUUGCAUCGGCAUCGGUGGCUGCACUCUGUCCUCGUGGCUGACUUGUCGGCUAGCCAGCUACGAGCAAAGAAGAAUGUUUUCAGAAAGAGAGCACUCGCUGCAUCACUCCCAUGAAAUGGGCGAGAAGGUGAGUUGGGCAGUCUUCCCGAACCGUUGCGUUUCUUCCCAAAAGGCUCUUCUUGUGUUCUAAUAUAUUCAUUCAACAGUAAGGGGAAGAAUUCAAUUUUCGGCUUUACAAAGGACUGGGAAAUGAAACACUGUCGUUUGGUGCAUGCUUCGUUCUGUUAUAGAAAGCUAUUUUUGGAUACCGUAUCUCCGCAGUACACCCAUUUUAACAAAAUGCGUCAAUUAUCUACAUUGUUCCAUUGUAUAAGAUAGACAAAUGCUGAGCCGCUAAGUCUAGCACUCCCUAAAUAACCUGCUUAAUUAAUGUGAAUAUACAGACACACCUCACUGCAUGGAAAUAUUGUUUCCAGUGAUAUUUUCCUAGAAAAAAAGGUGCCGGAACUCACCAUGAACGCCUCCCUCAUUCUCUUAUAAUGGCAAUGGUGCCCACCUGAGAGGUGCAGGAACUGAGUUUUGGUGACUUUUGGCUGGGGGAAAAAGCCCUGAUUGUUUCCCCCUGCUUAGUACUUUGUAAAAUGGAGAGAGUCCAAAGAUUAAAUCUAUGUGGGACAGGGAUGGAAAACCCAUGGUCCUCCAGAUGUCCUUUUGAAUGACAACUCACAUCGUCUCUGACCAUUGGGAGCUUGGAAUGAUGGUAGCUCGGAUCCCAACAACACUGGAGGCCACAGGUGAACUCCACCCCAAUGUUGGAGGUCAAGCUGAGCAAUCAGCAACCCCAUGCAAUGGAUGUGUUGUUGGUUUGUACUGCUUCAAACUGCAGGUGGAAGAAUCAGACGGCUGAAUUUCCCCCACAUCUUCCCAGAGCAUACAAAACCUGCAUACUAGGGAGGUUUGAGCCAGGCUUUCUGGGGAUGUACAAGGUAUUCUUAGCAAGAGAAUGCCCUUGGACAUCUGCUCCUAUACUCUAAAGAGGUACAGUCCAGGGCUAGAGUCUAUUGCCAGAAGUUGCUGAUUGUGUACAUCUGUACAUGAAGUACAACUUUCUAUAUAUUGAUACUGACAUGCUGCCUGUUUCUCUGCCUCAUUUGUGACUGUUAUAUCUAUAUUAGAGAUUGAGGGGUAUUGAAAUAACCGACCUGCCCAGCUGCCCAGUGGUACCCCCGACACCAGAGUUACCUUCAAGGUAUGCUAAAUUCUAGAAUGCUACAAUGCUUGGUUUGGUUUUUAAUAACUCUGUAGCAAGUUUAGUUUCUUACAGGAAUGCAUAAUCAGUCUUGGGGUGGAUCUACACACAGGGGGAAAAUGCUAUGAAUAAGUCAGAAAUUAAAUCUUUAAAACAAAAGAAAGAAAACACUAUGGAAAAUCGCAAAGUUUUUUUUGGUUUUUUUGGUCUCCAGCGCUAUCUUGUGUUGUAUGUUUACAACACAUUCAAAGUGCUCUUUUUUGACUAAUGUAGCUGAGUCCUUGGUUGGUGCUUUGAAAUCACCCCCAGAAGUCUUUAUUCACUUACAAUACUUCUAGGAAACAUGACACAGAAAACUGCACAGUAAGAUGUUAGAGUUGGAAGUAUGUUCUUCAUUUAACUUAUUGAUCCUUAUUGUUGUUGUUGUUUAGUUGUUUAGUCGUGUCCGACUCUUCGUGACCCCAUGGACCAGAGCACGUCAGGCACUCCUGUCUUCCUGCCUAUAGGCAUCCAAAUAAGCAUUUUGUUGAAUGUACCGGUGGAUUGACUUACACCUUUUCAAAUCAGUAUGCACUUAAAAUACAGACCCUUGUCACAGACAGCCAAAUCAUCUUUUAAAACAAAAAAACAAAAAAAACCUUACACUUUUUUGCAUUGCACUUUCCUGACUUAGAUUGACAUGUUGCAGUGCUUUUUUUCUAGAAAAAUAGGUGCUGGUACUCACCAUGAAGUUGUUACAGUAAGUGCCACACUUUUUAACAACAAAAAGAGGUGCUGGUACUGCGUACUCAUGAGUACCCCCUGAAAAAAACCCCACAAAGCACUGCACAGUUGUAAGCUUAGUGUCAUGAGUUAAACAAUUUCGUUAAAAAACUGACCAUCAAUAAUCAUAAUGACUUUCAGGAGCAAAAUUCAAAUAGCUAACUUUAUGUAAGCAUUUUUGAAUGAAUGUACUGAGAAUUUAUUUCUUAUAAUAAUUUUUAUUAGUUUUCAAUUACAAUAAUCCAAUAAUAGCCUCAUUAUAACAAUGCCAAAUUAUAAUAAAAUUACUAAUACCAAUUAUUCAGAUGCCAAAUUAUAUAAUUUAGGUGACCCCCCCCCCCGCGUGCUAGAAUUGAGGGUUUGAUGAUUUACUUUAUUUCUGCAUUCCAAAGUCUUAUUAAUUUCAGUUACAUUCCAGUCAAAACAACAAUCCCUUAUACAACAACUUAUAUUAACAACUUCCAUUUCUAUUGACAUUAAAUGAUUUAUACAUUUACAGUUAAACAUUCAAACUAUUUCCUUGCUCUUCCUGUGUGUGGCAAUUAUUCUGUCUGUGAUGUUUCUUCCUGUCCUUUUAAAAUAUUAUGUCUAUCUUUUCCCGGUUGUUGCUGUUCUCCAUCAUGCCUUGGGUGGAGAUAAUAUCCUGGCAAGAGCCAGGUACUGAGAUGAACUGCGAGUGAAGCCCAUUCCCCCCUGUCCCUGGGGCGAACUUGGAAGGAUAAUUACCCUCAAUCAUCCUUGUUUUUUCUUUGGCAACGAUCUCCUGCUGUCGUGGGUGCUGCCUCCAUUAAGGCAGACCGGAACUGGAAGCCCAAAUGAACUGAGAAUUUAGACCUCCCCCCCCCCCCCAAUAGCUCACAAAGGAUACAAAACCAUGAUGUUGCACUUCCCAUGUGAGAAGUGCCUAAAACGGCCCUUUAUCCAUCCAUCCUCACAACUCUCCUGAGUUGUUCUCCUCUUUCAACUAUUUCAACAAGUUUGGAUUUGUUUACACUAUGAAAAGUUAUAUCGGAGGCAGAAUCCAGUUAUAAUGGGUAUAAUCAGGGACUUUCCUCCUCCUCCUCCUCCUGUAUUUUAAUGUGAUAGUACUCAUAGUACUGAUACACCCUCCGUUAUCUCUGAUCAUGUAAGCAAGCUCCAUAAUUUCCUUUUUAUAAAUGGGGAAACCUAAGCAAACGCAGUAACUUGGUUGACUGAGGAGCUCCUGAGCCUUCCUCCAAUACUUGUUUUACUGGAUGAUAUUGGCUUUCACCGGUGACAUCCAUUGGCUGCUUAAUGGCUGAAGGGAUGUUAAGUUUACUCAUCUCACUCUGUUUCCCAGCAGACAGGUAUCUACAUCACCACAUCCUCACCUCAACCGACAUUAUCUGGCGCCCUUCCUGGAAAUCCCAGCAGAGACCAAGGUAUCAAAUUGUGACCCAAUUGUCAUCUCUUCCAUAAUACAAACAUAGGUUCCAUUUCUUCCAUGGGGCAUUAUAAAAACAGGACAAGACAGAUUUAUUGUAAGAAACUGCUUAGGGAGACCAUUAGGGAAGUUUUUUUUAAUGUUUGAUGUGGUAUUGUUUUUAAUAUUUGGCUGGAAGCUGCCCAGAGUGACUGGGGAAACCCAGCCAGAUGGGUGGGGUAUAAAUAAUAAAUUGUUUUUGUUGUUAUUUCUACUGCUACUGCUUGUCAAAGACACUUUUUCAGUCACAUGCUAUCUGCUGUCUAGGGUGAAGGAAGGACAGAUGUCCUGUUGCUGUAAGGAGCGUUGAAAUAACCAGGAGGCAAAUCCCAACAGCACUGGGAAUGAAGGAGAAAGAAGUCAGUAGACCAGGGGUGAGGAGAUAAGGAGUCUAGGGCCUUCCAGAUGACCUUGGACUCCAACUCCUAUCAGCCCCAGCCACCAUGGCCAAUAGUGAGGGAUGAUGGGAGUUGGAGUAAAACAACUAGAUGAGCCACAUCCCUAAAGUAGGUCCACAUCUCAAUGUGAAAUAUAAGUUAUUGAGAAACAGAAACCUAUCAGGACCUAAGGAGAACUGGAGCUCGAGGGCCACCAUGAAAAGAAAGUGAAAGCUAAGUUAAAGCGGCAGUGAGGCAGAUGCUUAGCACAGGAAAAUACCAGACAAGUCGUAAAACUUAGAGGGAUGGGUGACAACCAGGCCAUCAAGCUUAAGAACAUAAGAGCCUUCUGGAUCCAGCCAGCGGUCCGUCUAGUCCAGAAUCCAGUGGCCAACUAGAUGUUUAUUGGAAGACCGCAAGCAGAACCUGAGGGCAACAGCACUCUUCUCCCCAUGGUUUCUUGCAACUGGUAUUCAGAAGUGUACUGUCUUCUGAAUUCAUAGCCAUUUGGGGUAGUAGCUAAGCUUCAAGAUCAGUUGCAGGUGUACAGGGGAUGUCUUCAUUUUAACUUGAUGACUUUGUGCUGGAAUGGGUAAGGUUGGUGAAGAAGCUUUUGCUAUGCUUCCGUGUGUAGCAUCCUUCCAUUUGGGUGGCUGAAGAAUGUCUGGGGGUUUUUUCUAGUUCUCUCAUACAAUCACUUUUCAUUACAUCAUGUUCCACAGCAUUAAGCUCCCCUAACCGAUGAGCCGGGGAAGCAGCCUCAGGCCUGUGGGCCGCAAACUACCAAGGCUUUUCCGCGCCCAUGACUAAGGGCGCUUCCAGACUGUCACUCUUUUGGGUGGGAUUCAAUCAUACCCCAGGAAAUUCAGGCGGUGCAAUUGAAGCUGAUUUGGAGCCCUCACACAAGUCUGAUUUCCAAAAGAUCAGAACUUUUCCCUAAUAAGCAAAGGGAUGAGGAAAUGCACGCGCAAGUGUUGGGACGACACUUGCUUAACACAAUGUCUUCUAAUCUCACAAACAGAUCAGAAUGAUGGCUCAUUAAAUGUUCAUUUAUUUAUACUUUUCUAUGCCACUUUUUCCUCCAAGGAGCCUGAGGUGGUGUACUUAGUUCUCCUUCUCCUCAUUUUAUUUUCACAACAACCCUGUGCGGAGUAGGUUAGGCUGAGAGGGAACAACUAGCCUAAGGCCACCUUUAGAGCUUCAUGACCAAGUGGGGAUUUGAACAAUGGUCUCCCAGGUCAUGGUCCAACACUCUAACCACUGCACCAUGCUGACUCCUAAUAGUCAGUGUCAUCCAAUCUCUCAUUGAACAGAUUGUCUGGCAGCUCCAUAUUGUCAUUGUGUGGCAAUGCACCCAGGGGCUGAUCAUUCUGGGUGGAAUAAUUCUAGGAAAGAAAAUCUGGCACAGGCCAGAUGUGAGCUUCAGUCCUUACGUUGCUUAAAUCUGUACUGGCUAAUUAGCAACAUGCAAAGCUGACCAAAAAAAAUGCCUUUAAUCAUAACUCCCCAUUUUAUGCUUACAGGAAAUGACAGACAACAUGUGUAAUGGAGGCCCACACCUAAUUUAUAAUGGAAGAGCCUACUGA